AUGACUGGCCUCCAGUCUGACCUUCUGACGGGUUAUUCUAGGAAAGUUCGCCCCUUGGAAAACCAGGACAACGCUCUUUUUAUUGUUAUGAUAUACACUUUGAAGUCACUCAACGACUUCGACGUAGUUAAUGGAAGAAUGACCACCAUGGGAUUAUUUCAUUUAGCAUGGACAGAUGAGAAAAUGACAUGGAAUCCCGCUGAUUAUGGAAACAUACAGAAGGUAGCGUUUAGGGAGUCAGAUGUAUGGGCUCCUAUUUUCUUCAUUGCUAACGGCGCGGAUGACAUGAACACGAGAACCUCAAGGUUUGGGGAUAUUUCAAUAUCUUUCUCCAGCUCUGGGAAGGCAGUAUACUUACUAAACGGCGUGAUGACAACAACAUGUGAACCGGACAUCACCUAUUAUCCUUACGAUGUCCAUAUGUGCUCAGUUACACUGACUACACAAGAGCUGGCCUCAGAGAUACAAGCCACGAUUCUGGACAUGAAGAUGGAACCAGACACAAAGAAUAAUCUUCUUUGGAAAAUAGUUGAUUUUAAAUACAAAAACUACGAACAGAAAAACAUAUCGUUUAUUGAAAUAUCUUUAAUGAUUCAGCGACGUCCAAGCUACCUGAUUUUUACUAUUAUUCUGCCUAUUUGUCUGUUAAAUUUCGUGAAUCUCCUAGCGUUCAUUCUGCCGGCAGACUCUGGGGAGAGGGUGUCGUUCGCCAUCACGGUGCUCCUAACCCUGUCCGUGUAUAUGACUAUAAUGUCGGAUAGUAUACCCAACACCAGUGAUCCGGUGUCCAUUCUAACCACUUCUUUAAUGAUCAAACUUAUUUACAGCGCCAUGAUAGUAUUGACCGUUGUUUUCAUUUUGAAAAUUUACCACACUGAUGAACGCAAGCCUAUUCCACUGUGGGUUUUGCGCAUAAUACGAUCCAGAAAUAGAGUUGACAACAAAGAUGAAUUUGAAAAGCAAGAGGAUCGUCCGACUGUCGAUAAAAUGAAGGACACACAAAGCAUAGCACAGAUCACAUAUACUACCUCAUUUCCCACGUGGCGUUCCGUUGGCCAGGCAUUGGACAACGUAUUCUUUGUGGUAUUUACAUGUGUAACUGUUGUCGAGAUUACUUACAACCUGGUGCGCAUUACGCAUCGCAUAGGUUGA